CAACGAGGACAAGAGGCAGCUGCUGGUUGUGUUGGUGCAGAACGAAGUCGUCACAACUCAGACAUGAGGCUUCUUUUGUGUGUGGUGCUGCCAUUGCUGCUCUUCAGAGAGCUUGAUGCAAGUAUAAAAACUUCCCCUCAUGGCUUUGAAGCUGACUUUAAAAAACCUGAUGCCAUUAACCCAGAGUCCAGGUCACGUCUCGAGUCCAAGGUUCCCCACCACAACCCAGAGCCCAGGUCUCGUCUCGAGUCCAAGGUUCCCCACCACAACCCAGAGCCCAGGUCUCGUCUCGAGUCCAAGGUUCCCCACCACAACCCAGAGUCCAGGUCACGUCUCGAGUCCAAGGUUCCCCGCUACAACCCAGAGCUCGGGUCGCGCCCCGAGUCCAAGGUUCCCCGCUACAACCCAGAGCUCGGGUCACGCCCCGAGUCCAAGGUUCCCCGCUACAACCCAGAGCUCGGGUCACGCCCCGAGUCCAAGGUUCCCCGCUACAACCCAGAGCUCGGGUCACGCCCCGAGUUCCAUGUUCCCCACUACAACCCAGAGCCCAGGUCGCGUCCCGAGUUCCAUGUUCCCCACUACAACCCAGAGUCCAGUGUCUGGCCCCAGGUGCCUCAGCAUCAAGUGCUCCGGUAUAACCCUGAACCAAGGCUUCAGCCCCAGGAUAAAGUGCCCCGCUACAACCCCCAACUUGGUGUCCAUUCCCAGGCACCUAUGACUCAUGCACCACAAUACAAAGCUGAUCCCAGAUCCCAACCCAAGGGUCAGGUGACUCAUUACAAACCCCAGCACUGGUCUCAUUCUGAGGUUCAGUUGCCUCGCUACAAUUCUGACCCCAGGGCCCAGUCCCAAGUGCCCCGCAAUCUCAAUCCCAGGGCUCGGGUGACUCGGCCUCAGGUGUCCCACUACCAUCUGGAGACCCAACCCCAGAAAGGCUCUCAUCACCGGCAUGAAUCUUGGUUUCAGCCUGCUGUGCCUCGUCAUCAACCACCUUCUUGGGCUCCUCCACAAAACAAGUUCUCUCAUCACCAACACGAGUCUUUGUUUCAGCCCCAUGCACCAGCCUUUCCGACUGAACCCAGGCUUCACCAGAGGACUCGUUCUGAACCAGUUUGGUAACAAAGGCUCAUCACCCUCCCAGCCUACAGGACUAGGAAGGCAUUGCUAAAACCAUGGGACUUCCAAAUCUGAAUUCUAAGGAUCUGCAAUGCCUGUUUAAACUGAUCUAA